CUCUGCUCUCCCUCAUGCACGGCAAGCUAACCAAGCUGAGGUCCUCUGCACAACAGAGCUCCAGCUUCAAUUCCCAAGUGAAGAACAGUUACACCAUUCAGACUUUUGCUAAUUGUAGCAGCCUCUGAUCUCAUUCCUCCCAAGAGAGCAGCAAUGGCCAAGCAAAAGAUUGUGAUAAAGAUGAACAUGGCGAGCGACAAGUGCCGGUCGAAGGCGAUGGCGCUCGUGGCGUCGACGACCGGGGUGGACUCGGUGGCGCUGGCCGGGGACGGCAAGGACCAGUUGGUGGUGGUCGGCGAUGGCGUCGACUCCAUCGAGCUCACCACCGCGCUGCGCAAGAAGGUCGGCCACGCCACGCUCAUGACCGUCGGCGAGGACAAGAAGGAGGAGAAGAAGCCGGAGCCCGCCGUCGUCGAGUACCCGUACCCGUGGAAUUGCUACCCCUACGGUUACGCGCCGCCGCCGCAGCACGUCGUCUACCAAUACCCGGCUAGCUCCUCGUGGUGGUGGUAAUAAUCAUACGUAUAAAUAAAUCAAUCAAUCUAGUCCGUUGAAUCGGAGCGAUUGGAAUGAACGACAAAAGUUAUAUUGCAAUUGCAUCUGUUGAAUCGGAACGAUUAGAAUGAACGAUACAAGUUAUAUUAUAGUUACAUGUAAUGUAAUUAUAUCAUAACUGUACUGCAUAUAAAUGUAUAGAUUUGUUUAGAACAUAUUGCUAAUAUUGGCAUGUCUUUUUGUUCGGUUUUUGGUGACUUGAUUGGUUCGGAGAAAGAUUUUGGCAGCUUAUGUCAAUCUCAAACUUUAUUGUGA